AUCCUUGGCUGAGUGAGGGGGGGGGCGCUGGGCACAAAGAAAGUGGAAAGUUUCCUGCGCCGGGCGGCCGGGUCCAGGGAUCUAGGUGCGCACGUGCAGGGCCGGGGGUACCGGGGGCCCCCACGCCGAGCUCGCCGUUUGUUUUUUUUCUUGCAAGCGAGAGGGGGGGGUGUUGUUGGUAUCGCCCCCUCCUUCUCCUCCCCCCAGGGGUGAAAGUGCAAGAGGAAGUGCAGUCGCUGCCAUCUUUCCUCCGCUCCGAACACACGGAGGCCGGGGCCGCAGCGCUGCCGCUCUGCAGCCGCCUUCGCCUGGUCCCGGGAAGGGCCCACCCUGCCGCCGCCGCCGCCCGCCCGCUCCAGUCUUCGCGGCCGCCACCGCCCGCCAGGCUCCGGGAUCCUGCCCGCGCUGCCGCCCCCGUGCGCGCCCCGCCGCCGCUGCCUUCGCCUUUUGUUUCCUCCACUCCGGCGCCCCCGCCCCGGCUCGCGCUUUGCAGGGGACGCAGCGCGCGCCCCCAGCGGGCCCGGGAAAAGCCGCGGCGCGCGCGCCUGCGCGGCAAACCCCUCCUCCUCCUACUUCUCCCCGCGCGCGCGCGCCCCUCUUGGCUGCGCGCCGGCGCCGCCUGGCGGGCGGGAGGGGAGGUGGUAGGCGCGUUUUCAGGAGGGGCGCACCUCUUUGCUCGCGUACCCCCCGGAGGUAGAUCCAGAAGGGGAGGCGGGCGGGCCGAGAAAGGAGAAGAGAAGAGCGGGCGAUCCAGCAGGAGUGGGGGUAGCUAUGUGGGGGGUGGUGCGCUUUGCUGUCUAGACAGUCCGAUCCGGGCAGGGGGCGUGUGCGCUUGGCGCACCUGCGAGACUACAGAGCCCCAGGCCGGCACGUGUGGAUAGUGUAGACGUCCACAGCGCCCUGUUUCUUGCCAGCCUAGAGGAAGCGAGGGGGGCGGGCAAGUCGCGGCGCUGUUUGUGGGGAGGGGGCGGCGGCCAUGGAGCGGGUGAACGACGCUUCCUGCGGCCCGUCGGGCUGCUACACCUACCAGGUGAGCAGGCACAGCACGGAGAUGCUGCACAACCUGAACCAGCAGCGCAAAAACGGCGGGCGCUUCUGCGACGUGCUGCUGCGGGUGGGCGACGAGAGCUUUCCAGCGCACCGCGCCGUGCUAGCUGCCUGCAGCGAGUACUUUGAGUCGGUGUUCAGCGCCCAGUUGGGCGAUGGAGCUGCGGACGGGGGUCCCACUGACGUGGGGGGCGCGGCGGCGACCCCAGGCGGUGGGGCUGGGGGCAGCCGGGAGCUUGAGAUGCACACCAUCAGCUCCAAGGUGUUCGGGGACAUCCUGGACUUCGCCUACACUUCCCGCAUUGUGGUUCGCCUGGAGAGCUUCCCCGAGCUCAUGACGGCUGCCAAGUUCCUGCUGAUGAGGUCGGUCAUUGAGAUCUGCCAGGAAGUCAUCAAACAGUCUAAUGUGCAGAUCCUGGUGCCCCCUGCCAGGGCCGACAUCAUGCUCUUUCGUCCCCCUGGGACCUCGGACUUGGGCUUCCCUUUGGACAUGACCAACGGGGCAGCUCUGGCAGCCAACAGCAAUGGCAUCGCAGGCAGCAUGCAGCCCGAGGAGGAAGCAGCCCGGGCGGCUGGUGCAGCCAUUGCGAGCCAAGCCCCCCUGCCUGUGUUACCUGGGGUGGACCGCUUGCCCAUGGUGGCUGGACCCCUGUCCCCCCAACUGCUGACUUCCCCAUUCCCCAAUGUGGCAUCUAGUGCUCCUCCCCUGACUGGCAAGCGAGGCCGGGGUCGCCCAAGGAAGGCCAACCUGCUGGACUCAAUGUUCGGGUCCCCCGGGGGCCUGAGGGAGGCAGGCAUCCUUCCAUGCGGCCUGUGUGGGAAGGUGUUCACUGAUGCCAACCGGCUUCGGCAGCAUGAGGCCCAGCAUGGUGUCACCAGCCUCCAGUUGGGCUACAUCGACCUUCCAACUCCGAGGCUGGGUGAAAAUGGGCUACCCAUCUCUGAGGACCCUGAUGGACCCCGAAAGAGGAGCCGGACCAGGAAGCAGGUGGCAUGUGAGAUCUGCGGCAAGAUCUUCCGUGAUGUGUACCAUCUCAAUCGGCACAAGCUUUCCCACUCGGGGGAGAAACCCUAUUCCUGCCCCGUGUGUGGGCUGCGGUUCAAGAGAAAAGAUCGCAUGUCCUACCACGUGCGGUCCCACGAUGGGUCGGUGGGCAAGCCCUACAUCUGCCAGAGCUGCGGGAAAGGCUUCUCCAGGCCCGAUCACUUGAAUGGACAUAUCAAGCAGGUGCACACUUCUGAGCGGCCUCACAAGUGUCAGACCUGCAAUGCUUCUUUUGCCACCCGAGACCGCCUGCGCUCCCACCUGGCCUGCCAUGAAGACAAGGUGCCCUGCCAGGUGUGUGGGAAGUACCUACGAGCAGCAUACAUGGCAGACCACCUGAAGAAACACAGCGAGGGGCCCAGCAACUUCUGCAGCAUCUGUAACCGAGGUUUCUCCUCUGCCUCCUACUUAAAGGUCCAUGUUAAAACCCACCACGGUGUUCCCCUUCCCCAGGUCUCCAGGCACCAGGAGCCCAUCCCGAAUGGGGGAGCAGCGUUCCACUGCGCCAGGACCUAUGGCAACAAAGGCCAGAAAUGCUCACAUCAGGAUCCGAUUGAGAGUUCCGACUCCUACGGUGACCUCUCCGACGCCAGUGACCUGAAGACUCCAGAGAAGCAGAGCGCCAAUGGCUCCUUCUCCUGCGACAUGGCAGUCCCCAAAACCAAGAUGGAGUCUGACGGGGAGAAGAAGUACCCCUGCCCUGAGUGCGGGAGCUUCUUCCGCUCCAAGUCCUACUUGAACAAACACAUCCAGAAGGUGCACGUCCGGGCCCUCGGGGGCCCCCUGGGGGACCUGGGUCCCGCCCUCGGCUCACCUUUCUCUCCCCAGCAGAACAUGUCUCUCCUUGAGUCCUUUGGGUUUCAGAUUGUCCAGUCAGCGUUUGCAUCGUCUUUAGUAGAUCCUGAGGUCGACCAGCAGCCCAUGGGGCCUGAGGGGAAGUGAGGCAGAUGCCGUGUCCCCGCAGAAGCACCAUCGGGGAUUGCCGAGACAUGCUGUGAAUGCGGAGGGGAGUGAUGUCCUUGGGUUCUGUAGCUGAGAGGUUUUUAUUCGUUUCUAACCCCUCCCCUCCAAGCCCUAUCACCUCACUCCCGCCACCUUUUAUGGUCUUUAGAAAUAGAUUCUCACCCGAUCUUCUGCAGAAAGAUCUGUGAGAUCUGGUAUGGGACAAGGGCAGAAAACACUACAUCGGCCUCCAAGGCUACACCAGUCCUGGUUUCUCUAAAGGGCAGAAGCUGGAACUCCUGAUGCCUCUGUCUUAGUGACCCUGGUCCCAAAUCCCAACCUGAUGGCAUUCUGGGACCUCAGUGACUUUGGUCCCCUCCCCCUUCUCAUCUCCCUCAAAAGAAACCACAGUAGGGUCUCCACCCACUUACACAAUGCUGAUGCCCAACUGUUUUUAAGGAAGCUGGAUGCCUACAGCAUCCCACGGACCAUGGGGUGAGUGUCCUUUGAGAGGCCCCUGAGCAUGACCUUUGACCUGGAGGGCCCCAGGCCUUUAUGACCGUGACCUGGAGGCCAGCAUUUUUCUACUAGGACAAGCUCAGCUACUGAGGACACCUCUACCCCAAAUUCCAGUUCUUAUGUGAUUUUAACCAUUCAACUUGCUGUUGGGUUUUAAUUCUCUAAUUAUUAUUAUUGUUAUUAUUUUUUAGGACCAGUUGUAGUGAAUUGCUACUGAAAGCUAUCCCAGGUGAUACAGAGCUCUUUGUAAAACGCAGUCACACGUUAGGGUUAGUAUUAAACUUUGUUUAGAUGUACCAUAAAUAACUUGGCUAGUUGAUUUGUUUGAAGUCUAUGGGAGAAAUAGUUUUAUGAAAAAUUUAAAAAAUGCCAGUCUGGUCAGGGAGGUAGGGAGUUUCAAUGCUGUUGGGAGCCAGGAAGGGAGGAGAGCUGGCAGGUGGUGACAUUGUGUACCUCGCUUGUGUCACACGUGAGCAAGCCCAGGGCGACCUGGUGAUGUGAAUCCAUCUGAUCAGACUGUAUUAAAAAUGUUAGUACAUCA